UGGGCGCCGGGAGGAGGCGCCUGCCGCUAACAAAAGUCUGCGGCCGAGGCUCCCUUUCCUCCCGCCCCGGGCAACAAGUGGCUGGCCUGGCCUCCCGGGGGAGGCGGCAGCGGCGGCAGGGCUGCGAGGAGGAGGAGGAGGAAGGCGGAGCGGCGCUGAAAUAUCGGAGGAGCCGAGCGCCAGCCGCGGGGCGGUGGAGCCAGAGCCCGGAGGCCGUCCCGCCCGUCCUGCUUGUGGAUUAUAACUGGAGCCGCCUUCCUGGCCCGGACACCCCGGCUGGAAACCGGGGCGGGGAGGGAGCUCCGAUACAUCGCAUUUUUGAUUCUGUUUUAAAGCUUUUUUUUUUGUUUUGGUGUGGUGUUUUUUUGGUUUUGGUUUUUGGGUUUUUUUUUAUGUGAGGUGGGGAAGAGAGGGUGUCGGCCGCCCGAGAAGAAGCGGAGGAAGUUGCAAGGCUGCUUUGGACAUGUCGCCGUGAAAACUUUUGGGGGCUGUUCCCCCAGCGCUGGCCCAGGGCUGCAGUCGCUGAGCCGGGGCCGCUCGGCGCCCCGCGGCAGAGAUGCUGAGCGGCGGCGUGGGAAAGCGGCGACGAGCAUGAAGGCGGCAGGAUGGGCGCGAACAAUGGCAAGCAGUACGGCAGCGAGGGCAAGGGCAGCUCAAGCAUCUCAUCCGACGUGAGUUCAAGUACAGAUCACACACCCACCAAAGCCCAGAAGAAUGCAGCUACCAGUGAAGAUUCCGACCUGAGCAUGCGCACACUCAGCACACCCAGUCCAGCAUUAAUAUUUCCACCAAAUUCCCCUGGGUUCCAAAAUGGCAGAGGUUCGUCGACGUCUUCAUCCUCAGUCACUGGGGAAACUGUUGCCAUGGUCCAUUCGCCGCCUCCAACCCGUCUCACCCAUCCUCUCAUCCGGCUGGCAUCCAAGCACCAGAAGGAGCAGGCCAACAUAGACCGGCUGCCCGACCACUCCAUGAUCCAGAUCUUCUCCUUCCUGCCCACUAACCAGCUGUGCCGCUGUGCCCGCGUGUGCCGCCGCUGGUACAACCUGGCCUGGGACCCGCGGCUUUGGAGGACUAUUCGCCUGACUGGUGAGACAAUCAACGUAGACAGGGCUCUCAAAGUGCUGACCCGGAGGCUUUGCCAGGAUACUCCCAACGUAUGUCUCAUGUUGGAGACGGUAAUUGUUAGUGGCUGCAGGCGGCUCACAGACAGAGGACUCUACACCAUUGCCCAGUGCUGUCCAGAACUGCGGAGGCUGGAGGUGUCCGGCUGUUACAACAUCUCCAAUGAGGCGGUCUUUGAUGUUGUGUCACUGUGCCCAAACCUGGAACAUCUGGAUGUGUCAGGCUGCUCCAAAGUAACGUGCAUCAGUUUGACUCGCGAAGCCUCCAUCAAGCUGUCUCCCUUGCACGGGAAGCAAAUCUCCAUCCGCUACCUGGACAUGACAGACUGCUUCGUCCUGGAGGACGAAGGACUGCACACCAUUGCCGCCCACUGCACUCAGCUGACCCACCUGUACCUGCGCCGCUGCGUCCGCAUCACCGACGAGGGGCUGCGCUACCUGAUGAUUUACUGCACAUCCAUCAAGGAACUGAGCGUCAGCGACUGCCGCUUCGUCAGCGACUUCGGCAUGCGGGAGAUCGCCAAGCUGGAGUCGCGUCUCCGAUACCUGAGCAUCGCUCACUGCGGCCGCAUCACGGACGUGGGCAUCCGAUACAUAGCCAAAUACUGCAGCAAGCUGCGCUACCUCAACGCGCGGGGCUGCGAGGGCAUCACGGACCACGGCGUGGAGUACCUCGCCAAAAAUUGCACAAAACUCAAAUCGCUGGACAUCGGCAAGUGCCCGCUGGUCUCAGACACCGGCCUGGAGUUUCUAGCCCUCAACUGCUUCAACCUAAAGCGCCUGAGCCUGAAAUCCUGCGAGAGCAUCACUGGGCAGGGCCUGCAGAUUGUGGCUGCCAACUGUUUUGACCUGCAGAUGUUGAACGUGCAGGACUGCGAAGUCUCUGUGGAUGCUCUGCGAUUUGUUAAACGACAUUGCAAGCGCUGUAUUAUAGAGCACACCAACCCUGCUUUCUUCUGAGGGGACACCCUACACCUGUCAUUGCAAUGCAGUAUUAAAAACACUGAUGUAUAAACACACGCUCCCAUAUUCAGUAAUGCUCUCUUUUCUGUCGCUCACGGGAGUCCAUUUUUCUUGUACCUUAUGGGUGAGGGGGUGUUUCUAGAGGACUAUUUCGUUCGCUUUUUGUAUGAUCACUUUUUAAGGUGCUGUGGGUCUCUGUGGAGAGGCUGCCUUAAUGCAAAAGCAAUGAGUGCUCAACAUCCCCGGUGGGGUGUCAUUUCCAUAAGAGCCAUGAUCUUGUCCCAGGCUACAGUAGCUGCCUCCAAAGGAAAUAGCACAUAAUCCCUCCUUUGGAGAUUCUACUAAGCUGUGUCAAAUACAUCUGAAUUCUAGCUGUGCUCAUAAAGCUGACUAUGCAAUAUUGUGUCUGUGUUCCCCAAGUCUUUCCAAUAUGGCUGAUAAAUCAUCCUCUUGUCUCCAAGAAGUAUCUUUUUGGUAGUCAUCCAUCGUAAUCCCUCAGGAAAUACUGGGUAAUAUUCUUAAACAUACUCAUUUGAGGCAGAGUAAGACCUUCUGGCCAUCGCUGAGCACUUCUGUGGAGUGAAUCUGGAGAUUGUGCCCAUGCAUGGAUUCUCUUGGGAAGCCAACCUCCAGGUUACUUGUGCAUCAUCACUACUUGCCUUCAUUUCUAAAUUUGUCCUCUCCUGCAUAUGUAGUACCACCCUCUGGUAGUAGAUAGGGACUUCUGUCUCUGAUAAGCAGGGAUGUAUUCACCUGAGUGAAGGAGAACAAAUGAGAUCUUGGUGGCCUAGAAAAAGGAAAAGCCAGCAAGCCAGCCUGAGAAGCUGCUGUAAUUCUGCAACAAGCUGAGAUAGUACUGUAGGACAGCAGAGAGGCUCUGAGGCAUUGUGGAGCAACUUGCACAGGGCAGUCCAAAUAGCUGUGUGGCGUGGCUGAAACCAGAAAGUCUGGUUUUAUCCCUUUGCUGUAGCUCUUCAGCAGCUGUGGCACCACUGUAGUGAAUGCUCCCUGAGCAAACUAGGCUUGCAUUUGAGGUGAAGUUAGUAUGUGCCUUAAUACACUUGGAAACCUGACCCUUUUCUGUGGCCUUCCAGUUCAAAGGAUAGAUGGCUGAUCUCAAGAUUUCAAAGACAUUAGCCUCAUGUUAGAUAACACCCCUGGGGACAGAGGGGAUUGGGGUGUUAUUCACAUUAGAUUUAAUUUUUUUGAGACUUUGGCUCUGUGUCUUCCCUUAGGCUAGAGAUUCAGCUGCGUUCAACAAAGAAUUAAACAGCACAGUUGCCCCGUGACACUGGGAGCUCCUGGUACUCUCAAGGUCAGUCUUGCUCUUGCAUGAGCAGGGGUGUUUUGGAAGUCCCUCAUCUCAUUGGCUCCUUCCCCAGAGUGUGUGGUUGAUUCAUGGUUACUUUCUUAAUAAUUUUUUGGCAGCUGUUCCUCUGCAUUUUCACAUGUAAUGCUCAGAUCUGAAAGCCAGACACGUGAGGGGUGAUGAGAUUUUCAGGCAGGCCCCCUGUGCCUGACUGACAGGUGAAUUCAUAUGUUCAGCUCAAAUCCUAUAAGUGUCUCAUAAGAAGGGAAGCACUGUGUCUGGUUUUCAUAAGCAGUAGUUCCAUCAUCUCCAGACAACACUAAUAAAAUCAGUGGUAUGAAGUGAAAAUCAAUAUGCUCAAGAAAAACACGUAACUGCUGAGGAAAUACUUAUAACAAUGCUCUCUCAAAUUGCAGGAAAAAAAGGGGGAAAAAAAGGGCAAUAUGGUUUAUGUCCCUGGAGAGGGAACUUGUUGUACUGCUGCAAAAAUUCCUGUAACUCAUGUAUAUUCCUCCAAUUUUGGAUUUUUUAAUAUACAGGAUGGCAUCAGUUCUGAAUUAUAAAUUAAGCUGUACUGAAGUUAAGAGGGCCAGGGAAAAUGAACUUGACAUUGCUACUGUUACUGAUCAGUGACUAACAUGAAAUGAUACCAUCCCUUGGAUGGUUAAUUUCAUUUUGGUUUUCCUUUCCAUAUUUCUAAAAUUAGAGAUUCUUCUCCAGCAAGUAAUACAAUAUAUUUUAUCCGAGCCAGCUAUACUCUCUGUUUAUCCUUUAUCUAAAAAUGGCCUCAAAGAAUUUAAAUGUUGAGCCCUGAGAAUGGUGGGAUUUUGAGCCAUUUGCACUCAUGAAAUAUAAGGCCUCACUAGUAACAUUUAAUUGUUUAUAAAAAAAAAAAAAGCGCUACUUUUCUGGCUAUGUUAAAUUGAGUGAAUAGUGCUACAUGGUUUUAAAAGUUUCUAAUGUUUAAAUUGGCCUGUACUGUACAAAUCUCACUAUAAAGCCUUAAUUUGCUACCAAGAAAUAAAGCAAUAUACUGGUAACUGAUGAGCAUGCAGCGUCAUUUGCACUAACUGAUCAACUGCUAGUGAAAAAGUAAAGUUUAAAUUCUUGUAAAACUCAAAAAAUUAGGUGGGUGAUUGAGCGUAUCAACCCAUCAGGAAGGUGAAUGACUAUUAAAAGAGGGAAAAAAAUUAUUAUGGAUUAUGACCUCACCUAUCUCUCUCUAAAAUUUGAUUUUCCUCAUGUGGUUCUUUUUGACCCUGAAGCAUAAUCAGAAACUGGAAGUGUAGGUAAAAGAAAAUAAAACACAUUAAUAAAAGUUGUAUAAAAAUUUCAGGAGGGCCUCUGCAUUGGUUUAAAGGCAUGUUAACAUAUUCGAUAAGUAAAAUGGAACGACUGAAAGGGUAGAGCACUUGCUGGAGCAGUGUUAUCUUUUGAAUGCUCUAGAAAGCCUUUUCUGGGGGGCACUGUUGGAAAGUUAAUAAAGGUAAUUUUUCUAAGCCAAAUGUUUUUAAGUACAUAGUCUUACGUGAUCUGAGUUGGUACUCUGAGACUGCUACUUAUUUCAAGAAAAUUUGAACUUAACUUAUUGAUGCAGCUUGCCUGAUUUGACUUUUAACCUUUUUUCCUAUGUCUACUUCCAAAAUGACAGAACCAGAAAAUAAUGGAAAAAGCUGCACUGGAAAAAACUGAAAUAGUGCAUGUGGAGUUGAAUUUUCUGGAAAGAUUGCAAUGUGUGACUGAUGUGUCUUCUAGUUUAGGGUUAGCAAAGACUAAAUUUCCUGAGUGAAAACAUAGGUGAUUCUUGAACCAUAAAAUUCAUGCUCAAGUGCUGAGGCUUCCUCUGCUCUGCAAUAGCAUAUGGUGAUCUCAUCAAAGAAAGGCAGCAAUGAAUCACAUCAGUCAGGCUGGCAUGUUGUUUAUGUCUUUGGAAUCAUUUGUGUCCUCUAGAGAGGGGUCUCUUAGAAAAGGCACAUCUAAACUACCAUGCGCUGUGAUUAUAGCCAAAACUCUGUGUCUAGGUAUUCAUCCUUCCCUUGGCUUUUGUAAAAAGUAGAACUGUAUUUUUCCUAUUAGCAGCAUGAAACUGAUGCGAAGUGCAACACUUUUGCCUCCUUGAGCUGUGCUCGUCUGGCUUCCUACAGAAUGCAAAACAGCUUCUGUUGGAUGUCCUGAACUCAGAACCAUGGUUCAGAUGGAAAACUUCAGUAGUGGCUUAUGCGGUUUCUCAAAACUUCUAGACUUUGAACUGAAAAAUUAAAAAGCUAGUAAAAUAUCUAAUUUUAGCACUAGGCUUGAAGCAGGUCCAAACUCUUACUAAAAAGAAACACAGUGAUUAUUUGGACUGCAGGCAGGCUGCCCCUCAGCUGCCAGUGUUAGUUUAGAGGGGAAAAGUUCUCUGACAGAGUUGGUGCAUGGCUCUUCUUCCCCCAGCAUUCCCCAGGAAAGUAACCUACCUUCAGUUUUUUGGUAAUUUUGUCAGUUUAGCUAUUCAUGCUGAAACUUCCCAUGCUGGGCUUUGAAAAUGUUAGUUGAAAUGGUUCAUCUGGUUCUGUAAAUAAAGCUGGAGGAAAUGUCAUCUUGUUCAUGUUAAACUCCAGGUGACCUUUCCUUUGAGAAUGGUCCAUUGCUCUUCAUCUCUAAGGCCUUCAGAGUGAAAGUGUGAGCCUUGCCAGGAGGUCAAUUUUGGGACAAGGAUGUGUCUUCCUGAUCUCCCAGUAAGUUUCACCUAAAUUUAGCUGCAUUACAUGUCUUUGAACAUCUCAAACUCUGUAACCAGGGAGAAAAGGAACAUGCUCAGAUCUUUUGGAGCUUGUAGUCUGGGAAGGCUGAGGUUUGGCAAAGCUAAGAGGCGUUUAUCACUCUGGCAGUGUGAAGGAGGAAAUGACCUGAAUUAUAUGGAAGCUGCCUGGAAAGUCAAGGCAGGGUUGAAAGAUGGGGUUUUGAGAACUGGAACAAGAAGGACAAGGAGAUUUCCUGGGCAGGGGGGACUGGGACUGAGAUGACAAGAAUUUGAAUGAUUUUCAGCAAAGAAACUGGGACUGGGGAUUAAGAGAGAUGGGUUUGUAUGACUGGUUUAGCAGGGAGAGUUGGGCCAAAGGAAGUAAACAGUAAAGAAUGAAGUUUAGGGUAGGAAAAGAAACAUGAAGAAAGUUAAUUGAACUUCAUUUAAAUACAGUACACUCCCUUGGCACAGGCUCUACAAGCUGUUUAGCUCUUUCAGUGAGGAUGUGUCAAGUUUGAAACUAAAAAUAAAGUAGU